UUGCUCUCAAGCAAUCUCAAUCAUGGUUAUAAUCGAUCAAGAAAAGCUGGCUAAGAUGCAGCAGAGUGUGAGAAUUGGUGGUAAGGGAACCGCACGCCGAAAGAAGAAAAUCAUCCACAAAACCGCAGGAACGGAUGACAAAAAACUCCAAACAACCCUAAAGAAACUGCAAUGCAACAACAUCCCAGGAAUUGAGGAAGUGAACAUUAUCAAGGACGACAGUACCGUAAUCCACUUCACAAACCCCAAGGUGCAGGCCACAGUGGGAGCGAACACAUUUGCUAUUUCGGGUAAUGCCGAACACAAGAGUAUCACAGAUUUGUUCCCUGGUAUUUUGAACCAACUGGUGGGUAUGUCCAGCUCUCUUCCUUCCAAAUCUAAACCUCUUGUAGAUGACGAUGAGGUUCCCGCUCUUGUUGAAGAUUUUGAUGAAGCCAGCAAGACGGAGGCUGUUUAGUAAGCACCUUUCUCGGAAGCACGGACUGCUCUAUUUUUUUACUAGAAACCAUUGGUUGUAUGAAUUGCUAUUUAUUACUUUUAAA